ACAAGUAGUAGCUCGCAGUAAGAAGGAGGUCGAGAGAGAGAAGAGGGGUUAUUCAUAUAGUAGACCCCCAACCUACCCUCGACCCACCGGAGGCAUUAUGAAGAAAAACCAUCAGGGUUCGAGUAGCUCAUGGAACCAAGGAAGGCAGAAGGGUCCAUUUCAAAGGGGCCAAGGACAGAGGAGCUAUCAUAGUAGUUAUCACGGGUCACAGAGGAGCCCAACAGUAUCUACCCCUGCCCCGAGUACAGCGAGCUCUCAACAGUGCACUAAAUGCGGGCGUCGUCAUUUCGGACAGUGCUGGGUCUGUUACAUUUGUGGGAAACCCGGUCACAUUGCAAAGUUUUGUGGGGACAACCAGGGCUCAAAUAUGAAGAACCCUUCCCAACAUCCUACUGUCUCUGGCCGUGUGUUUGCUCUUACUCAGGACACCAUGAACUCCCCAGAUGCCAUUAGAGGAGCGAGUCCGGCCGAGAAAGCACCAGAGGUGUAACUGUGGUGUAUGAGACACCAUCUUUUACGUUGCCUCUUAUUUUAGAUUAUACAAUGUAUCUUGUGCCAACUUAGGACAUAUCUUCUUUGUGAAGCAUGUAAACUCUAAUCCUUUUUAUUAAAAGUAUUUAUAUGACCAAGAGGAUUAUGUCUGUCCCUCUUGAUUUAUGAUCU